GAUCACUCACAUUACACUUAUUACUCCUCAAAUCAAGCAAUUUUGAAAACACGAUAUCAUUAAUUUGUUUUACGUCUUACCACAUUAUACAUACUUUUCACCAUGACUUUCAAUCCAAACGGAGAUGCCAUAGAAACGGUGUUUUAUCUUAAUGAUACCUCGAGUAUGUACUUGCCAGCACUUCAAAAGAUGGGUUUUCAUGAUCCAAAAAAUGAGGUCGUUGAUAGUAAAAUGGAACUGGAAUUUGAAAGUUGCCCAAAAGAAACACUGAUUUCGUCAGAUUCAGAUCCUGAAGCUUUCUCGACAGAAACAUGGGUAUCCCCAGAUUCAAAACUUGGGAGUUCUUCGACAGCGCUACUGAUGUCGCCAGAUACGAGAAAUGUCUAUUCUGGAACUUCUCUGAAUCUGACUUCUCAUACAAUCUCAAGACCAUCAGGUGCGAGCAUGAUCAAUAAUAUACUAACCUUUACCAAACUUGAGAACAAAUCAGAAGUGAUGAACGCGCUCGCCUCUAAACUUGGGCUUUCUUCUGCUCUCAAGUUUUACGACGUAUGUUCACUUACCGAAGCGGAUUCGCUCAAGCAUAUUCCCCGUCCAGUCUAUGCUCUCCUAUUUUCCAUACCAUUCACGUCUACUUGGGAAACCAUUACGCGCGCAAAAGAAAUGGCAAAACCACCUUAUAAAGGUAGCGGACCUGAUGAGCCUGCUAUUUGGUUUAAAAAAGCAAUCAAUGGUGCUUGUGGCUCUAUGGGUCUCUUACAUUGCCUUCUAAAUGGACCGGCUCAUGAAUAUAUUCUCCCCAACACUAUACUAUCUAGACUCUAUGAGCGAUCUAUUCCCUUAGGACCUGACGAACGAGCAACGAUGUUAUAUAACGAUCAAAAGUUCGAAGAUGCUCAUCAGGCUAUUGCUGCUUUGGUCGAUAAAUCAUCAUCCGCAGAGAAUAUCGGGAAGCCGAGACGGCAUUUUGUGGCUUUUAUAAGGGGAGAAGACGGAUCGUUGUGGGAAAUGGAUGGAAGUAGAGGGGGCCCUAUUCGUAGGGAGCCAACACUGGAAGAGCAUGAAGAUCUUUUGACUGAUGAUAUAUUGAAAUUCUGUAUGGCAGGGUUUGUUGAUACCAAUAGUGAUGAGGUGAGUAUGUGUAGUUGCAUCGCCCUUGCUAAACAUCCAACUGAGGCUGUAACUUUGCCUUUGAAUUCUCUUAGUCGUGGUCAUUUGGUGAAUGGAAGGAGUGAGGGUGUACAGCCGCGUACUUUUUGGGACCCAGCUUGGUAUGGACAAGAUCAUUGGCCCCCACCAUCAAAAUGAUUGCUUUUAUUCUGAACAAUGAAUUGUUUAUGAGGUGGAGGUGUUAUCAAGACCAACAGCGGUAAAUAGUGGGUUUAAAACUAGCGUCCAGUAUUAGUUCGAACGAAAUUUACAGCAAGGUUAAGAAUAUUUCC